CGGCUGGUAGGGGCGGUGGAACGGUGUUCCGGUCCCGGUUCUCUCUCUUACCUUGUUUGUCUGACAUCUGCGUUCGUCUCUUGCGGCUCAUCGCCCACGCAGAGGCUUCGGCGUACCUGCAGGUCGUACCUAGGCGUGAGAAGGAGGAGAAGGGGCAUGCUCCGAGCCUGAGUGGCCCGCCCUCCCGCUUAUACACGGUGGCCCUGGGUAGGGUGAAGCUCCCCGUGUUCAUCCCUGUCCCCCACCCUGCUGUGAGGCACCAGCUACAGGAUGAACUGCCGCUCGGAGGUGCUGGAGGUGUCAGUGGAGGGGCGGCAGGUGGAGGAGGCUCUGCUGGCCGUGCUGCACACGGUGCUCCUGCACCGCAGCACGGGCAAGUUCCACUACAAGAAGGAGGGCACCUACUCCAUCGGCACCGUGGGCACCCAGGACGUCGACUGUGACUUCAUUGACUUCACCUAUGUGCGUGUCUCCUCUGAGGAGCUUGACCGUGCUCUGCGCAAGGUUGUCGGGGAAUUCAAGGAUGCCUUGCGCAACUCUGGUGGCGAUGGGCUGGGGCAGAUGUCCUUGGAGUUCUACCAGAAGAAAAAGUCUCGCUGGCCUUUCUCGGAUGAGUGUAUCCCAUGGGAAGUGUGGACGGUCAAGGUACAUGUGGUGGCCCUGGCCACAGAGCAGGAGCGGCAGAUAUGCCGGGAAAAGGUGGGUGAGAAGCUGUGCGAGAAAAUCAUCAAUAUCGUGGAGGUGAUGAACCGGCAUGAGUACCUGCCCAAGAUGCCCACACAGUCGGAGGUGGACAAUGUGUUUGACACAGGCUUGCGGGACGUGCAGCCCUACCUCUACAAGAUCUCCUUCCAAAUCACUGAUGCCCUGGGCACCUCGGUCACCACCACCAUGCGCAGACUCAUCAAAGACACUCUUGCCCUCUAGGGCUCACUGGGGCCUGGAAGCUCCUUUAUGGCUCCCAGACCUUGGCUUCUGGGGAUUAUAGUGUUGAGGCCCUUGGGGCUCUGGAAACCUGCUCUGGGUCCUUGGGUGAGACUUGGAAAGGGUAGCCCCUGGCUUCCUUGUUUGGAGUCGCCAUCCUCUCUGGUCAUCCUUUGCUGACGAUCAGGUCCAGCUAUACACUGUCUCUCCACACCCCAGGUUGGGGUCCCCCUUCCUUCUCCACUGUACAGAAGAGCCCCUACUAAGGAUGGUGAAUAAAGUUGAGAAUGUGAGAUUGGGUUGAGCCAUCUCUUCUUUGGCUUGUGUUCUACCCUGAAACAUUAACUUUCUGGCAGACCUGUUAGGACAUGGGUGUGUAUUGAAGGCGUUAUUCCAAGAUGACGGGAUUAAAUAUAGAUUAUGACUGACAGGUUUUGUACUUGGUUGGAUAUUCACACAGGCAGGUGUUACCCAUCCAGAUGUGGCCAUGGCCAUUCCCGUGAAUGAGGACACGGGGUCACAUGUGAGUGAGUCAUGUCUCCUUCCUUUCUAGGAAGUUAUAAUGCCCCUGGGUUUUAUAUUGUCUGGUCUUGCUUCGUAAUGGCCCCAAAGAGUAUUUUCUGUGUUCACAGAGCACACACAGGCCCUGCAUGCACCAGAUAGGUAAUUUGAUUUGGGGUUUCUCUCUCUGGAGAGAGAUUGGCUGUCUUGAGACUGUCUGGUUGGGCUGGCUCUGGCUGGUUGUUAGGGCAUUGCUUUGGUAACUCAUUCUCACAUUUCCACACAAGCAUACUCAAAUUGAGCAAAUGUCAUUGUGCACUAUGCUUUUUGAUUUAUUCCACGCUUUGCAAUCCUCUUUGGCUACCAUCUGGGGCACUUCUAACCCGACUGUAUGAAUUGCAUGUGUGUGUGGCUGGUGGGGGGCAUGCCUGGGGAGAAGUUGGAGGGGGUCUUCCCCACGGUCCUGGAGCAGGGUAGGUAGCCAGGAUGCCCAGGAAGUGUUUGCAGGUUUUACUAUUCCAAGCCACCCUUGGCCACAUGGUACUUCAUGACUGUAAGGUUUUGUAAUGUUCUAUCCGUGAUCUCGUGGAAUCACCUCGAUGGUAACUAACGACACCCUUGACCUCUUGGGCUUCAGGGAGUUGGAGAACUCAGGAGUGGGGUUUGGAGAUGGAGAAGGCC